UUCCUUUCUAUUUCAUUUCAAACCAUACCUAAAAUGACUCGUAUUGGAUUCUUUGCUAUUACCGCUGCUGCUUUGACCGCUCUUCAAGGCGUGUCAGCUCAUUACCAGUUGACGUAUCCCGAGUCGCGUGGUUUUGACGAAGCUCGUGAACCUCUUGCUCCUUGUGGUGGUUUCGACUCUGUGAGCAACCGUAGCGAGUUCCCUCUCAAGGGCGGUUUUAUGCAAAUCAACUCUGGCCAUACCGACUAUACCUAUGAAGUCAAGGUCGUGACCGAUAACGCCAACCCUUCCACUGAUGAUUUCAACAGCGGCACCACGGUCGCCAAGGGCUCCCGCCCCUACCCUGCAGAGGCUUGUCUCCCUGUUGACCUCAGCAGCGUAUCCAACGCCUCUGCUGGCACCAACGCUACCCUUCAAAUUACCUAUAAUGGUGGUGAUGGAACCCUUUACCAGUGCGCUGACGUGACGCUUACCGAGAACCCAUCGAGCUUCAACUCAAGCCGAUGCGUGAACGCAGACGGUUCGGAUCCCACUGCUUCGUCUUCUGCUGACGGUUCUUCUUCCGAUGAAAACGGUGCUUCUGCUGGCGUGCGUGCGGCUGUUGGUGGUGUGUUCGCUGCUGCCAUUGCUGCUGCAUUCACAAUUUCUGCAUAAUUUUUUCAGCACACAAAAGCCACUCUGUACAACACGUUUUUUUACCUUGUUUAUAAUACAUAUAUAUAUAUAUAUAUAUAUAUAUAUAUAUAUAUAUGUAUAUAU